UAAUGUAACCGCUUUUUCAAUGGAGUUUACCAACUCAUCAAAUGUUAUGGAUGACACCACUAUCACCGAAAAUGGCUUUUUAACUGUAGAUACUAAAGACCUUACCUUUAGAAAAAAUUUAACUUUAUCUCAAAACUCUACUUUAACCAUCACAAACUACUACCUCUAUAAUAAUGAUUCAAAUAACGAUGGAAGUACCAUGCCAUACUUAAAAGGUUCCGCUGCUUACAAUGAUCCAGUAAUUACAGUUGCAGGUUCAAUUUUAUUUGAUUCUAUUAAUUUAGUAAUCGAAUUUAAAGAACCAACCAAUUUAUACAAUAACAUUUCAAUUGUUUUAGUAGAGUUACUUCAAGAUUCAACUUUUUCAAAUCAAAUAAAUAUUACAAAUAUACAUUCUUCAAAUAUUCAAUUAAUUAAUGUUUUAAAUAUUGAUGAUAUUCAACCAAAAAUAAACUUUGUAGUUCAAGAUUACACCAUCAGAUUAGAAUUCGACCAUGGAAAUGAAAACGGCCCAAAUAAUGGACAAAAAUGGAAAAUUGCUUUUAUUGUAUGUGCAAUCGUUGCAGGUGUAUUUGCUAUUGCUUUUGUAGUUGUUUUAUUUAUGAAGAAAAGAUUAAGCAAAUUUAAUGGUGAACAUCAAAGACUAAUUAAUACUACUAGAGCUUAA